ACCUAAUCUCUAUCAUUGUCUUUCAUGUAUAGGGGUGAGAGUGAUGAAAGAAAGCAAAAGCGUCCUGUUAUCAUACAUAGAGCUAUCCUUGGAUCAGUUGAACGCUGCAUUGCUGUAUUGACAGAGAGCUAUGGAGGGAAAUGGCCAUUCUGGCUUUCUCCCUGUCAAGUUAUGAUAGUACCAGUUGCAUCAACUUUUGAUGAAUAUGGUUUACAGGUUAAACAAAGACUCCAUGAUGCUGGUUUCAUGGUUGACAUUGAUCUCUCAACUGGUGAUACUAUGAACAAGAAGAUAAGAAAUGCCCAACUUGAGCAAUUCAACUACAUACUAGUUGUUGGAGAGAAGGAGGUCGCUGGUCAAACGGUUAAUGUGAGGACGAGGGACAAUGUGGUGCACGGUGAGGUGACACUGGAUAGGCUAGUGGCGAGACUUAAGGAGCUGAAGGAGAGCCGUACACUUGAGGACACAGGAGGAUUCUAAACUUGAGUCCUGCAACCUGCGUAGCAAUAAUAAUAAUAAUAAUAAUAAUAACAACAAUAAUGAAUAUAAUUAAAAUAGUAUUGCUUUUGAAUAAUAACAAAGUUAUAAUUGAUGGCUAUUUUUUGUAAAAACAA